UCGGUUUGGAUUUUUGAAAAUGUUUCGUACUUUUGGUCGUUUUCAAAAUAUUUAAAUAUAUUUAAUAUUAUUAAUAUAUUUUGUAAAUCAUUUACAGUAUUUAUUAUGUUGAUAUUUUUAAAUUUUUAAUGUUUACUGUUAAAAUACGUUGUCAACAAGAGAGUUCAGAGUUGACAAGUUUAUCGACAGACGAAAAUGCAUUUAUUAUAAUACCUACCUAUCUACCUUGUACCGAUACUUGAUUAUCGGUGUGGAAUAUUAUUAUAUCCUCUACGCCAUUAUACGAUGGACCUAAUAAAGCAUUACUGUGGAGACAGCGAUGACGAGCAUGAUGAUUCUGAACGAAAAGUGUUGCCAGUACCUGAAGCCAUUGCGUCAAUGUUUGAUGGUAGACUGUAUCAUCCAAAGCCAAAAGACGAACCCGAUUCCCACCAAGGACGCUCUCGUUUGUUUGAACAUGAACGUGGUAAUUGGGCUACUUACGUAUAUAUACCGUGUCCAGACAUGGAUUUAGUAGAGAUUGUUCAAGAUCAAUUGACCGAAUUUGGCCUAGAAAUUAUUAAACAUCCCCAUAUCAGCCUUACAAAAACAGUUGUACUGCAGUAUCAUUGGAUACAGCGUUUUAUCAAUGAUGUAAAAUCCAAAUUGUCAACAAUUCUAAGAUUUACAGUCACUUUUGGAGAUUUAGAGGUAUUUUGUAAUGAAAAUUGUAGUAGGACAUUCAUUGGUUUUCUUGUACAUCCUGCAGGAGUUUUAUCUCAAUGUGUUGAUCAACUAGAUACUGUCUUAUCCGAUUAUAAUUUACCGAAAUACUAUGAAGAUCCAAAAUUUCAUUUGAGUGUUGCCUGGUGUUUGGGCGAUCAAUCUACUCAGCUAAGGACUAAGUUAAAAUCAUUAGAAUUAGAAAUAGAAGUUGACACUUGUCGUAGUUUAAGAGUUGACAAGCUUAUGUGUAAAACUGGUAAUAAGAAAUAUAAUUUUGAUCUCGUUUAAUAAUGUCUAAUGUGCAUAAAAAGAAAUAAUAUUUUACCCAUUAAUAUAAUAUUUAUUUUAAGGUUAUA